AUGCACCCAUUCAUGGCAGUACCUGGCCUCACUGUACCUGUUCCUCUCACUGCUCUGGGGUUCAUUCAGCUGUUCCUUACGCGGGAAUUGCUGGAAUACCUGGUAGCAGAGACGGCAGACUACGCUCGGUACUGCUGUGACGAACUACGGACAACAUUGUCGUAUCGUUGGCGGGGCUGCAACCUCACCGACAUGGCACUUUUUUGGGGGCUCCACAUUUUGUUGGGAAUGAUGCCUGCUGCUGACGUCAGGCAAUAUUCGAGGCAGAAUUUUUUUUUAAGUAUGCCCAAUGUGCCCGGCGUUAUGCCCUGCAAUAGUUUCCUGCCGUUGGACAGGUAUUUCAACACCUUCAACCGAAGGGCCAUAGCCCUGAAUAACCCUGAUCGCCUCAUCUUAGUCCGCCCAGUGUUGGAGUACAUUCGUGAACGGUGCCAAAUUCUUGUGGUUUCUGGCAACAACCUUUCUUUGGAUGAGGGGAUGAUGCCUUACAAAGGACGUCUGAGCAUAAAAGUGUACAACCCCAAGAAGCCAAAGAAAUAUGGUGUGAAAUUGUUCUUUAUUACGGAGUCCAACACUGGAUACGUCGUGGACUUCUCUGUGUAUUACGGGGUCUUCUCCACACUGUGA